UAAGGCCAGCCGAGAAGACGCUGAACCUGCGCAGGAAGCCGGAGAGGCGGCUCGGCGUGCAAUGGAGGAGGAGGGCGGAAGACGGCAGAAGGAAGAGGAGGAGGAGCCCUGCCGGUGACCUUCGCUCUCUCCGGCGCCGGCUUUGCAAAACGGCUGCAAGCGCCGGGCUCCUCCGCAAGCACCUCCCCGACGGCGCGCCCAGCUCUUUCCUUUGCGCCAUGGCGGAGCUGGCGUGGGCUCUGGGGGCCUUGGCCGCCUUCUUCGCCCUGCUGGACGGCUGGUACCUGCUGCGGGUGCCCGUGACGCUGCUGUACGCGCGCUGGGCGCUGCCCACGGUGUGGGACCUGCUGGAGGAGCAGAGCUACGCGAGCCGGGUGCUGCCGUCGGACCUGGACUGCCUGGUGCACAUGAACAACGCGCGCUACCCGCGCGAGGCGGACCUGGCGCGCCUGGCGCACCUGACGCGCUGCGGGCUCCUGCGCGCCGUCCGGGGCUUAGGCGCGCACACGGUGCUGGCCGCCUCGACGUGCCGCUACCGCCGCUCGCUGCACCUGCUCGAGCGCUUCGACGUGCGCACGAGGCUGCUGGGCUGGGACGCGCGCGCCUUCGUCCUGGAGCAGCGCUUCGUGCGCGCCCGGGACGGUUUCAUAUGCGCCGUGCUCCACGUCCGGCUGCACGUGGUGGGGGCCAGCCCCGCGCAAGCCGUCGAGAGCCUCUGCCGCAGGAAGGUGGAGUCUCCUGAACUUCCCGAAGAGAUACUACACUGGUUGAAAUACACUGAAGUCAGCAGCCAAAAGUUACGGGCAGAGAGCGAUUUGCAGGAAAACAACAAGGAAGAGUAAUGGGAUACCUCAAACCCACCCCGUUAUGUCCUCGGUGCGGGAUCCUUCCUGCGGAAUUGCUGAGGAUUAUUCAGACUCCCCUUUUCAGCUACCGUGAAAAAUAAAAGGCAUUGGUGACCCUACCCAGUGCACUGCAUCAACAACAAAGCCAGACAACUUGAUAAGUCAGCCCCAAAGGAUUGGGACCACGCAGAGCAAUCUUAUGGUUCCACCCUGUCGGCAGCCGUACACAGGGAAAUAAUGUCACACCAACCCAUAGUAUAGCUCUGGAUUUGGUAGCGAUCCUGUCCCUAUCCACUGGGCAUUACUCGAAAACAGGAAUGCCUUCCCCUGAAACCUGAUGUCGUUAACCUGUUCUUGUUUACGAAAGCCAGCCCUGAUAAUUCUGUGGUGACCGUCAUGGCCCAGAAAACGUAGGAAAGAUGUGUUUUGGGUCUAUGAAAGGAGAACCCAGUUGACUUCUUGAUUUGAGAUCACCACAGAUCCAGGGCUCUGCAGAAACCAAAGUAUAAACACGCAACCUAGUCUUGCGGGGAAGCCUGGGUUGCCGUCUGCUUACAAACUGGAGUCAGCGACGUUGCUCUCCAGAUGUUGUUGAACUAAAGCACACCUCGUUGGCCAGGCUGAUGAGGGUGGAGUCCACAACAUCUGCAGAGCAGCGUUUUGGCUACCCCGACCUACUGUGACGGAUCUGCUGCUGUUUCCCAUUCGCACAAGGCUAGCUUCAUGCAAACGCUUGAAACCGGAGGUGGGGAGCCAGUGGUCCUCCAGAUGUUCCUGGGACCACAUCUCCCGUCAUCGCAGGCCAUCGGCCACUUUGGAUGGGGCUGGUGGGAGUUGGAACUCCAAACGAGAUCUGGAAUGCCACAGGUUCCUUGUCCCUCCAGUGUUUAAUGGAAACAGGUGUGCAUCCAUCAGAGUCCAAGUGGACCACACAAGACCUUCAACUCUUUCUGCUGGAAGGUCAUGCAGGCCUUCUAGCAGAAAGAGUUGUGCCACCC